AAUCAUUGUGUAACAGCAUUCGAAACUGGACGUUUAAUGUGCGGUGUUUCGAUGCUAGUUGAUCAAUUGACGUUCACGUUCUCGUUCAAUUAACAAGUAUCAAUUAAAGAUGGUGGCUCAGCGCUCGGUAGCAUUUCUUGUCAGCUUUUUAAUGUUGAGCCUGGUGCUCAGGUCAAGGAGUUGUGAAGCUUUGAAAAUCAUUUCAGUUACCAAUGGAGGAACAGAAGGCAGUUGGGGGUUGCUGGAAAUUUGCCCCGAAGGUUCACGAGCUAUCGGCUAUCAAACGCAAAACGAUCUCCUAGACGUUAUACUUUACGACAAAACAGCCAUGAAUUCCAUCCGUUUAUUUUGCAAUGACACUGAAGGCACCAGUAUCACUUCAACACUUGGACAUACGGGAACUUGGGAAUUGAGACAAAAUUGUCCUCCAGGUGAAGCCUUGUCUUCAUUCCGUUUGAGAGUGGAGCCUUACGACCCGGAAUUAUCCGACAACACGUCAGUCAACAGCAUCCAAUUCAAUUGCACAGAUGGAACUUUAUUGAAUUUCAAUGGCAAUGCGGCUGGUAUUUGGGGCGAUUUCAGUGCCGACCAAUGCGAUGUAACGGGCAUAUGUGGACUGGAAACUCGUGUUAUGCCUUUGGGGACUUUGUCUGAUAACACCGCUCUUAAUAACGUGGGUUUUAUUUGCUGUUGAUUCUUUCAGUAUUAACAAAAAGUGAAUGAAAACCAAAGUAUAUUUACAAGUUUUCGACGUUCUUCUCUAAAAAAUAAAAAUUAACGGCAGCUUA